CUUCCCCAACACAUUCCUACAUCCACCUCACCUUUUGACACUGUCCCUAAUUGGAAAGCCUUUUGGUCACUUCAAAUCACACGUCGCUCCCGCAAUAUCUGGUUCCGCUUUCUGCACAAGACCAUCAACACUCGUUUCUACCUACACCAAAAACUACCGAAGCUCAUCACUAGCCUUUAA